AUAUAUAUACUAGUAUAUGUUUGGGACAACAUAAGAAAAGAAACAUAAAAUAUAUAUUUGAAAAGAGAUUAGCAUGAAACUAUAAGUAGAGAAAAUUAGUAAAAGAUUAUAGAUAGAGAUAUAUGGAGGUUGCCUUGGAAGUUGAAGAUGAUCUAUUUUUUGCAGACCUAAGCAAGCAAAUUUCUCUCUUAAUUAUGGAUGAGGAUGAAGAAAACCCUCUCACUUCUUGUCAUCAUCAACACUCUCUUCAGUCUUUCUGUGGAAGAAACUACCGGCCUCCUCCACAGUCUGAUAUGAUGUACGAGCAGAUGGGUUUGAGAAGACAAGAAAGCAAAGGGACAGGCGUGUUCAUCCCGCAGUCAACAACACAGCCAAGAAGGAAGCAAAGGAAAGGAAGAUCUUCUUCUUCAUAUGCAAAAUAUCAAAAGCAGUCUCAAGAUACAACAAAAACAGUUUCUCAAUAAAUAAUGGCAAAACCGGGAUUUCUACUGAUCAUUAAUUUGUUACUUUGCCAACUAUAAGCAUGGAAUAAUUUCAAGGGUUUAUUAUAUAUAUAUAUAUAUAUAUAUAUAUAUAUAGGUCACCAUGUAUUAGUAUGGAUUAGUCCUAUAGCAAGGGUAACCCUUUAACUGUGGGGAAGUUGUUAUCUAUGAUAAGUUAGUUGAUUGUCGUUUUAGAUAUUCUUCCCUUCCAAUUUGUUUUCUCUUUUUGUGAUAUAUUCAUUUAUAAUUUGUACAACUAUCUGUUAUUUAAAACAUUUUACCAAAUUUAGAAAUAAAAAAGUAAAACAAUUUACCUUGUUCUUUUUUUA